AUGUCGUUACAUAUGCCUUCGAUAGCAUGUUUCUUUAUCAUGUGUUUAUUAAUUUCUCGUGGUUCAGUACAUGGAUGGGGCCAAGACGGUCAUUCUCUAAUCGGUGCCAUCGCUCAAACCAUAUUGACUACAGAAUCAAUCGAUUUUGUUCGUAAUCAUUUACCUUGGUAUGCAUCAGGAAAUAUGAGUAUGAUGGCAUCAUGGCCAGACUAUAUAAUUUAUCCUGAUACAAAUCCCGUUGAUUAUCUUAAUUGGCAAUGGUCAAAAGAAUUACAUUUUGUUGAUACAAAAGAUUGGUCAUGUGUUUAUGAUCGAGAACAAGAUUGUAAUUGGAGUGGUGCACAGCAAUGUGUUGACGGGUCAAUACAAAAUUAUACAGGAAGACUAGCUGAUGCCCAACAAGAUGAUAUACAACGACAAGAAGCACUGAAAUUUAUUAUUCAUUUUAUUGGUGAUGCACAUCAACCUUUACAUGCUGGUUUUCAAGGUGAUCGUGGUGGUAAUAGUAUUCGAGGUCGUUUUUUUGAUAAAGAAACAAAUCUUCACUCGCUUUGGGAUACUGUAAUGAUUGAGCGUCGUAUUUCUCAAGAUUUUCAUUCUCAACCAUUGUUAUAUCUCGAUUAUCUACUUGAUCAAAUGAAAACUCGUUACGCACAGAAUAUUUCCGAUUGGACACAUUGUCCAUCAUCCGAUGAAUCGCGUUUUCUGGCUUGUUCCACGUCGUGGAUUGUAGAAGAUGCUCAAUUUAAUUGUGAUAUUGUUUAUCGCGAUGAAAAUAACCAACCGAUGAGUGUGUCAAAAGAAUUUAAUCUAGGUCAAACAUACUAUAAUACACGAAUGGUUAUUCUUGAACAGCGACUUAUUCAAGGUGGAUUAAGAUUAGGAACAGUCAUUAAUAAAAUUGUUCAAUCUACUAAUAAUGAUAAUAAAACAGAUACAUUCUGUUUUGAAACAAUCAUGUUUUUGGCACUUAUCUUGGGCCUAUCUAUUGUAAUUCUUGUUCUGUUAGUUCAUUGUUUCUUACGACGAAAAUCAAGAGCAAUCAUAUUAACACCAUUGAUGAAAGAUAAGAACGAAUACGUUUCAAUGCCGUAA